AACGAAAUUGUUAUCCGUGAAUUGAAAAUAAUUCGUAACAGUUAAUAACGAUUUAUAACAAAAAUGGAAUCGGAUGAUGAGUUGUCUGAAAAUGAAGAAGAAAUGCUCGUGUAUGUAGAGUUUGAAGGGCUUAGUGGUAACGAAACGUUCAUUAAUAAAAAUCUUCAACUGGAUAUGAUUGGAAUAGACACUGAACAUCCUGUAAUGGAAAUUAAUGGACGGUUUUAUGAGGGUACUUAUGAAGAUGCUGUAGGUACUUAUAUGUUCUUUGAGAAAGAUGACAAUCCGAAGGUAGACGAUGAGGUAUUUGAUAAAGUGCCGACUCUAAAAUAUUUUGCUAAAACAAGAAAGAUACUUAAGAUGCAGAGAGUGUUCACAAAACCACGAGUUGAGGUCCUUGGUGAUGCCGAACACGAAAGUUGUAUUCCAGAUGAAGAAACAUUAUCACAAGCUGGUGUGCCUCCAAAAUAUCAAGAAGAAGCUAUGCAGUUUUGGAAUAAAGUACGUGAUGAGAAACUAGAAGAAUUAAGCAUGUUUUUGGAAAAACAGAAAAUUAGGGAAGAGAAAAAGUCCAAAGGUAUCGCAUUGGAUUCAGAAUCUGAUGAGGAAAAUCCCAUCGUACAAAAAACGAAAGAAAAAUCAGAAGAAACAUGAGAAAAAAAAAUGGUACGUCUUUACCACUCGAGGUCACCGGGUAAUUCGUCUGGAUACUCUCCCGUUAAACAGGCAGUACAG